GGUCGCAACGAGCUGAUCGCUCGCUACAUCAAACUGCGCACGGGCAAGACGCGCACGCGGAAGCAGGUCUCUAGCCACUUGCAGGUUCUUGCCCGACGGAAAUCUCGUGAGAUUCAGUCCAAGCUUAAGGCCAUGAACUUGGACCAGGUCUCGAAGGAUAAGGCUCUGCAAAGCAUGGCUUCCAUGUCCUCAGCGCAGAUUGUGUCGGCCAGCGUCCUGCAGAACAAGCUCAGUCCCCCUCCUCCUCUUCCUCAGGCUGUCUUCUCUGCUGCCCCCCGGUUUUGGAGUGGGCCUAUCCCAGGACAGCCUGGACCCUCUCAGGACAUUAAACCGUUUGCACAACCAGCUUACCCCAUCCAGCCACCCAUGCCUCCAUCACUAGCCAGUUAUGAGCCCUUGGCUCCUCUCCCACCAGCUGCCUCGGCCGUGCCCGUCUGGCAGGAUCGCACCAUCGCCUCUGCCAAGCUCCGGCUCCUGGAGUACUCUGCCUUCAUGGAGGUGCCGCGGGAUGCCGAAACGUACAGCAAACACCUCUUCGUGCACAUCGGCCAGACAAACCCCUCAUACAGCGACCCACUGCUAGAGGCUGUGGACAUCCGCCAGAUCUACGACAAGUUCCCUGAGAAGAAAGGUGGCCUCAAGGAGCUCUAUGAGCGUGGGCCUCAGAACUCUUUCUUUCUCGUCAAAUUUUGGGCGGAUCUCAACAGCACGAUCCAGGACGGGCCAGGGACCUUCUAUGGUGUCAGCAGCCAGUACAGCAGUGCAGAGAACAUGACCAUCACAGUCUCCACCAAGGUCUGCUCCUUUGGGAAGCAGGUUGUGGAGAAGGUGGAGACGGAGUAUGCACGCCUGGAGAACGGCCGGUUCAUCUAUCGCAUCCACCGGUCUCCCAUGUGCGAGUACAUGAUCAACUUCAUCCACAAACUCAAGCACCUCCCGGAGAAGUACAUGAUGAACAGUGUCCUGGAGAAUUUCACCAUCCUGCAGGUUGUUACGAACAGGGAUACCCAGGAAACCUUGCUCUGCAUUGCCUUCGUUUUUGAGGUCUCCACCAGUGAACAUGGCGCCCAGCACCACGUGUACAAGUUGGUCAAGGACUAGGGGCCCUUGGGGACAGGCAGGGGCACAAGGGGCAGGCAAGGGAAGGGAGGGG